CCGAGCGCGGGGAGUGGAGCCGGCGGGAGGCGGCGGCGCCCGCGGGCCCAUGGAGCUGGAGAACAUCGUCGCCAACACCGUCCUGCUCAAGGCCCGCGAAGGUGGUGGUGGAAACCGGAAAGGCAAGAGCAAGAAAUGGCGCCAGAUGCUGCAGUUCCCCCACAUCAGCCUCUGCGAGGACCUUCGGCAAACCCUGGAGCGGGACUACCACAGCCUGUGCGAGAAGCAGCCCAUUGGCCACAUGCUCUUCUGGCAGUUCUGCGAGACGCGCCCCGAGCUCUCCCGCUGCGUCAAGUUCCUGGAUGCUGUGGCAGGGUACGAAGUGGCUCCAGAUGAGAAGAGGAAGGAAUGUGGGCAGCACCUAAUUGAAAAGUACUUGAAGCCAAAUAGUGAGGACCAUGUGCCUGAAGUUCCCUCACAACUGGUGGAUGCCUGUUGUGAAAGGCUGGAGCAGGAACCUUCCAAGGAGCUCUUCAAGGAAUGCACUAAGCUUAUCCACGACUACCUGAGCGUGGCUCCCUUUGCUGACUACCUCGACAGCUUAUACUUCAAUCGCUUCCUGCAGUGGAAAUGGCUGGAACGGCAGCCAGUGACCAAAAACACUUUCCGCCAGUACCGUGUGCUGGGUAAGGGCGGUUUUGGGGAGGUGUGUGCCUGCCAAGUGCGUGCCACAGGGAAGAUGUAUGCCUGCAAGAAACUGGAGAAGAAACGGAUCAAAAAGAGGAAGGGAGAAGCCAUGGCCCUGAAUGAAAAACAGAUCCUGGAAAAAGUGAACAGUAGGUUUGUAGUGAGCUUAGCCUAUGCAUAUGAAACUAAAGAUGCUCUCUGCCUAGUGCUGACCCUCAUGAAUGGAGGGGACCUCAAGUUCCAUAUCUACCACAUGGGGGAGGCUGGUUUCGAGGAGCCCCGGGCAGCUUUCUAUGCUGCUGAGAUCUGCUGUGGCCUCGAGGACUUACACCAGGAGAGGAUAGUGUACAGGGACCUGAAGCCAGAGAACAUAUUACUGGAUGACCAUGGUCACAUCCGGAUCUCAGACCUGGGACUAGCUGUGCAUGUGCCAGAGGGUCAAACAAUCAAGGGCCGGGUGGGGACAGUUGGCUACAUGGCUCCGGAGGUGGUGAAGAACGAGCGCUACACGUUCAGCCCGGACUGGUGGGCUCUGGGCUGCCUGGUGUACGAGAUGAUCGAGGGCCAGUCCCCCUUCCAGCAGCGCAAGAAGAAGAUCAAGCGGGAGGAGGUGGAGCGGUUGGUGAAGGAAGUGCAGGAGGAGUACUCGGAUAAGUUCUCGCCCUGCGCCCGCUCCCUCUGCACCAUGCUCCUGUGCAAAGACCCUUUGGAGCGCCUGGGUUGCCGAGGAGCUGGGGCCAAGGAGGUGAAGGAACACCCUCUCUUCAAGCACCUCAACUUCAAGAGGCUGGAAGCAGGCAUGCUGGACCCUCCCUUCAAGCCAGAUCCCCAGGCCAUCUACUGCAAGGAUGUUCUGGACAUUGAGCAGUUCUCCACGGUGAAAGGAGUGGAGCUGGAGCCCACAGACAACGACUUUUACCAGAAGUUUGCUACAGGGAGUGUGCCCAUUCCUUGGCAGAAUGAGAUGAUCGAGACAGAGUGUUUCAAGGAGCUGAAUGUCUUUAGUACAGAUGGCACAGUGCCCCCAGACCUGGACUGGAAAGGACAGCCUUCUCCACAGCCCAAAAAAGGGUUACUCCAGCGCUUGUUCAGCAGACAGAGGUGAGCAGUCACUCCUGGCUGCUCUGCUCAGGGAAAUACCUGGUGGCCCACGGACAUGGCAAGAUCUGGGAAAGAGGAGUGUUAUCCUUCAGUGCCUAUUCCCUUCCCCUGGCAGAGCACAACCUGCUUGUUGUUCUAACUGCCCCCUGAGCCACUAAUCCAGCAUCCCUGCUCUUGCUGCCUUUGUGGAGGAGGCCUUGCCCUCAGCUUGAGCCAAAGUUGCCUCUACACUGCUGCUGCUGGGAGUUCUGCUCCCAGAGCGCUGUAGGAAGUUUCCUUCACUCCUCUCCGCAUGUCCGGGACACACAGAAGGGUUGAGAAACUGUGAAGGGUUUGGCAUUGCCCCGUGCUCAGACUCCCAUUUCAGCAGAAAGGGCUGCAGCUGCUUUUGUGGCCAGCUGAACCCUUAGCGGGGCCGAGCGUCUGUGCUGGCACUGAGCUUGUGUCCCUGGGUGGCUGAUGUCCCUGGAAUCCAGCUUCCUCACAGCUUCUGAGCUAGCCAGCUGCGUGCUCACUAGACUGUCUGCCAGGGGCUGAACCUCCAGAUGCAGCUGGACUGUUCUCUGCAGUCUGGGGGUCCCCUGCAGCCUCUUGCCUCCAUGUAGCUCUCCCGUACACAGGCUGGGGGGGGCCUGGUCCAUCCCUGCCAGACAGCAGCUGUAGGCUGGGUUGUGUCACUGUGCUCACCCUCUGCUUGCUGUGCUCCUCUCUCCCUCCCUUUCCUUGCCCUUCUGACUUCAGGACUGUUGUGGAAACUGCAGCGACAGCGAGGAAGAGCCCACCCGGCUGUAGAGCACAGCCCCUGGGACCCCCUUGCCUCUCCUGAGUGCCCAGCCUGAAGGACACGGUCGCAGUGGCCCCACAAGGUGGAUUUGUUUACAGUUUUAUACGUCUGUAUUUGAAGACUUUGAGGACGAUUCCAAGGCUGGCAGCAGCACACAGCUCGGGUUGAGGUGCCUCUGACCAUGGGCAAGCCCUAAACAAACCCGGAUGCUUCCAAAUCUGCCACUUGGGAUGGUGCUGCUGCCGCUCCCG